ACUAAUCGUUAAAUAAUGAACUAAAGUCUCCUACGAACAGAACAUUUAUUCAGUACAUUUAUUCAGUCAAUGCAGUUCACAUCACUAGUGUUAAAUAACAAGUAACCAGCUUGUCGAAGCUUGUUAUGAGAUUUAUUUAUAAACUGCGUAAAUUAAGUGGAAAAAAUGCGAUCAUAAACUGUCCAAAUGUUAAAAUAUAAGUGAAAAAAUGAUAACAUUCGGCGCUGCAAACACCACGGCUUUGGAAGAUACGGGGGAAGUGAGAAGCAUUUGCGAAAGUAUCUGCAGUGAUGGCUCUAAUGCUACUGUACAGCCUGGUAACUCCAAUCAGCGACCCCGUAUGGACAUUGCAUGUGUUUUGGAUAUCACCCAAUCAACAAACCUAUCGCACAGAAAAAGGGCUUUGGAGGAAGUGCGAAUGGCUUCAGAAUUAGUCAAUGCAAAUCUCCAUUAUAUUACGUAUGAAAAGCUGGACUUUGGCGAGACAACUGUGCUGGACACAUUUUACAAUGCAGAUGUGGCAAUUGUUGAUUUAAGUGUACAAGUACAACAGAUUACAUUGUUAUACCAUCUCGGUGUGAGAGAGAGUUUUGAUAUGAAGCAUAAUGUAUUACUGUUUAAUGACAUUGAUCCUGAUUCCACAUUACGUCUUAAGAUAUCUCUUCCUAAUUUCCUGUUUAUCUCAUACAAACUCUCAGAUAUGAACACAUGUGUUGUUACGAAUCCGGCAGCUACAAAAUUUAAGGGGGAAGAGUCACCCGAUCCCAAACAGCACCUCACUUUGCGUCUCAAGAAUAUACUGCAAGAUGUUGAAAUUCAGACUAAAGCCCAUUUACAAGAAAAAUUCCUGUCAGAUUUACGGAAAGCGCGCGAAACUUACAGUGGCCCAGAAUUGGCGAAUGUAUUGCACGCAAUGCGCCGUCGACUCGACGAUCCAGCUGUACUAUCGGGCGACACUAUAUUGAACAUGCUCAUAUCUUUCCGAGAGAUACAAGACUAUGACGCAAUAGUGCAGAUUGUGGACGAUUUAAAAACAAUUAUAAGUGGCAAGAAUUAUGUUAAAAUGCCAAUUAUAAGAUUUAUGUACGCGUUCGCUAUGAAUAGGCGGAACAAAGAAGGUGAUAGAGAAAACGCAUUGAAAGUAUGUGUCCAAGCGUUGGAGAAAAAGGAAAAUCGUUUCCCGGACAUGUUAUGUUUGUGUGGUCGUAUAUAUAAGGACAAAUUCGUUGAAUCUCAACAUACGGAUAUGGAGAGCUUGAAGAACGCUAUCCAUUGGUAUAGACAAGGUUUUGACAUACAGAGAAACGAGUAUGCAGGAAUAAAUUUAGCCACGUUAUUGGUAAUCGCGGGGAAUGACUUCAAGAAUUCACAAGAGUUGCAACAGAUAGCUAUGGUCCUAAAUCAUCUAAUAGGAAGAAAGGGAAGUCUUUCAUCAUUAAAGGAGUACUGGGAUGUAGCGACAUUCUUCGAGAUCUCUGUGCUUGCACAAGACUAUGUAAAAGCAACACAAGCGGCCGAGUGUAUGUUUAAACUGAAACCACCUAAUUGGUACCUGAAGUCCACUGUUGGAAAUAUCGAGUUGAUUGAUAGAUUUAGGAAAAAGAGCGAAGAAACAACACCUGAGCAGCAAGUAUUUGAAUUUUGGAUGGAGUAUUUCGUGGAAGCCACGAAAACAACGUGCGAAAAUGUGAUAAGAUUUCCAGUUCUUAUAUUAGAAACAACAAAAGAAUAUAUGCCGUCGUAUGUGAAUGUGAAUAUGGGUGCAGAACAGAAGUCAGUGGAGAUAUUCAACCUUUGUAUGGCUUCCAUGCGUGGCGAGUGUCGACAGGUGCACCGGUGGCUCUUUACUUCCGACAUGAUAAGAAGUUACAGUUUAUACAAACGUGACGAGCGCUGCCUUUUCCUCUACGUGAGUGAGAAUUCAGAUGACUUCCAAAUAUUCUUGCCAUCUGAAGUGUACCGGCAACAUUUGCAUGAUCUGUUGGGCGAAUUAACGGCGGAUCAUGAGAAAGUGACGGAUUUAGACACCAGUGUCAUGCAGGAACAGUUGAAGUACGAGUACGAAUUAGAUGAUUGCAACAAGCGCGUAGUACUAGGCAAGGGUACAUACGGCGUGGUAUAUGCAGCGCGCGACCUCCGCACCCAAGUCCGUAUCGCCGUUAAAGAGAUCCCGGAGAAGAACCUCGGCGAUGUGCAGCCGUUGCACGAAGAGAUCUUGCUGCACUCGCAGCUGCGGCACAGAAACAUCGUACAGUAUCUCGGUUCAAUAUCAGAAGACAACUAUUUCAAAAUAUUCAUGGAACAAGUACCUGGAGGUUCAUUGUCAGCCUUAUUAAAAUCGAAGUGGGGACCACUAAAGGAAAACGAAGCGACUAUAGCUUAUUAUACUAAACAAAUUCUGGAAGGUCUAAAAUACCUCCACGAUCAGAAAAUAGUGCAUCGAGAUAUAAAAGGAGAUAAUGUAUUAGUGAAUACAUACAGCGGAGUCGUGAAGAUAUCAGAUUUCGGCACAUCGAAACGAUUGGCCGGCUUGUGCCCCUCGACGGAAACAUUCGCUGGAACUUUACAGUACAUGGCGCCUGAAGUUAUUGAUAAGGGCCAAAGAGGAUACGGCGCGCCUGCGGACAUUUGGUCUCUUGGAUGUACAGUUGUAGAAAUGGCGACAGGAAACCCACCGUUCAUGGAAUUAGGUUCACCGCAGGCAGCUGUAUUUAAGGUGGGUUAUUACAAGAUGCAUCCCGAAAUACCCAGUGAAUUGUCACAGAAAGCUAAAAGCUUUAUACUUCGUUGCUUCAUCUCGGAUCCGGAAAAACGCGCCACCGCUGCUGAUUUGUUAGAAGACCCCUUCCUUUGCGAGAAAAAGAAAAACACUGGCCGGUUAGGCAACAGUAUAGAUUACAAUCGCAGUAUCUCAGUACCGGCCGACAAGGCUAAACAAACUGUAUCCCAGAAGAAGAUCUCGGAGCCUUGCAUUCAAGGCACGCUGCCCAGUUCGCCGGAAAUCGAGGUGAAAACGAUCCGGUCUAAUCCGACAAUCACUAGGACGGCUUCGUCGAUGCUAUCACCGAUAUUGAUAUACCCACCGGACUUGUCCAAUAGCAGCACGAUGCCCAAUACGCCAUCUACCGAUGAUAUGGAGAGCGGCGACACAUUGCUAAAUAGGCGGAGUUCAUCCGGAGGCCUUUUAUCUCCUGAGGUUGAUUUGAUAAAUGCGGGACGGUCGUCUAUCGAGAUGGAAGAGGACGGAUUUUAUCUACUGAAGAAGGAUUCGCAACGGCGUAUCACUCUCUCACGUGUGUUAGAGCAGGACAGCGAAAAGGUCUGCUCAAAGUGGAUGCACAGCAUACAACAGGAUUUCGGAAAUACCGUCUUGACAAUGGAUCACCUGACAAAAUUACAUUGCGCUCUCAAAGACUAUAUUUCGCAACAAAACAGACAGGUCAUAGAACAAGCUGUAACCACAUUGAAGGAGGAGUUAGACUUCGACUCUAACGCCAUUAACGAGCUACAUUCAGCCAUUUAUAUGUUCCAAGAGGCUGCAAACGCUGUACUUAGGAUGCAUAGUAUAAAACCCCACUGGAUGUUCGCGUUGGACAAUUUAGUGCGGAAUGCGGUACAAGCUGCAAUUACCGUACUGUCACCAGAGUUGGGCGCAAACCUUGCGGGCGAGUCGCGACGCGGCGGCGGCGGCGCGGCUGAAGCGGCCACUUCCUCAGCACUCUCCACGGCCACCUCCGCCAGGGACCAUCAGCUGCACCAGCUACGGCAAGAAAAUCAUAAAUUGCACCAAGAGCUACUGGACAGCUAUCAGCAACAUCAGUCGUUACUUCGCCAAAUGUUAGAAGAACAGAAGAUGCAGACACAAAUUAUUAGGGAACUGGCGAAUGGAAGACAGAAUAUACGUACUCCAGAAAUAACAGAAGUGAAUGAAGAACAUCUGGCGUCAAUUCGAGAAUGGACUUCAACCCGCGGGGUACCUGAAUCCGCGGCUCGCGCUCUCGCGGCGCACGAAUAUUCACUUCCGGACUUAUUGCAACACGCCCAGCGGGAGGACAUCGCUAGGUUGAAUCUCAAGGGCGGUGUAGAAUUACGUCUAUGGCGGGCGAUACUCGAGCAUCGGCUUCAAUCGAACGCGAACCAUCUCCGUCGUACGAGCAGCACUGAGACCGACAUGGACACCAAUUCGAUAGUUGUCGUAGAAUGCCAGCGAUGUAAGUCAACCAACCGAACAGCUUCCAACUCUUCAUGUUCAAACAAUCCUACGAUCGUAAUUAGGGAUCAAGUGAAUGGAGACGGCGCAGCGGAAUACCUCGCGGAAGGGGUCGAGAACCCUUGACUAUUGCGUGGGUGGUGCACUCUGCAAUAAAGGCCAAUGGUUAUAAAGACACUUAUGACCAGUGUUUUAGUCUUUCUUUAUUCGUAUUUUGUAUGAUAUUUUGAUGAUCGUAUUAAUUUUUGGUCCAUUUGUGACCGUUAGUUACCAUAUACAAGAUUUUGUUUUAGUCGAAACAUCACAAAACUUAGUAUAAUUAUUUAUAAUUAAAAAAAAAAAAAACACAUAUUUAUCCACCAAUAAGUAUUAUAUCAAUGAUAGUGCAAGUAUGCAUGAAUUAAAAACUAUUAUAAUCGUAAAAGGUUUAUUACGGUAAUAUCUCUGAGUCUAAAAUUGUUUCAAAUUCAGUUAGAAUUCGUCCCCCAUGGUUUUCGUCAUUACCUACUACGUCAUGAUGGAAAGAAUCGUUUAAUAGAACAUGUUUCUAUUUAUAUAUAUUAUGCUUUAUCUCUGGUGAGGGAAGUUGACCAUUAUUUUUUACCACUAGAAAGCAGAAUCACUGCUGCAAGCUUGAAAAAGAGCAAGACAACGCGGCGUCCUGUGUCUCGUUAUUCUAAUACAAAUAGUAGACUAAUUCUGUUUUCUGCGUAUAUAAGAAUAAAUUUAUUAUAAUAACUAGCAAUAUGCCGCGGCUUUACUCGCGUGAAUCAGUAUAUAAAGUACCCUAUAUGCUUUUUAUAGCAUUUUUUAUGUAAUUCUUUAGAUUGUUAUAACUUUUUAUAUUUAUGAACCGAUUGAAAUAAAACAAACACUAAAUAUUAAGUGGAGCAAACCGCAACGCAUUAGUGAAAACAGCAUUUAAAUCGGUUAAUCCGUUUCUGAGAUUAGCAUGCACAAACAUACAGACAAACAGACAACAAUUUUAAAAAUCAUUGUUUUGGGUUCUUUUGCGUUCAUAAAGCUCCUCUAUAAUAGUUUUUCUUAUAUAUCUUCCGACCAGUUACGAUUUUAUUCUUUCUUUAUUCUAUAUUGUACACAAAAUAUAAUGUUAACCACAUUUCAUUUGAAACAUAAUGUACAAAGGCGAGCUUAUUUCUAAUAAGAGAUUUCUUCCACCAAAACCUUUUCAUGUAAAUUGUACGAUUUUAUUAUAUGUAUUGAUUAAGAUUUAAGGUCAAUAAUAACUGUAUCUUCUCGAAACACUGCUUCACCAGAUGUAUAUAUUGUUGUGAUAUCUCUGAAUACAUAACAGUUCAUUUGGCAGAUAUUAUAAAAUUUAUAAAAUAGAUUAUUAUUUACCAAAGGAUAUGCCUUAUGACGUUUCCUAUUAGUUUAUCAUGGGGUAAGCAGAAGUACAAUUUAUUGUCUAAUAUUGUUAUAUCUAUAAAAAAAGAAACAAUAUAGUAUACACGCACACAGAUAUGGAAACAGUUUAUAUAUAUAAACUGUUUAGUCUAAAGAGAAUAGAAAGAGUAUUACCAAACAAAAAGAAAAUAUUUUAUAAAUGGAGAGUUUAUAUUUUAGUAUAAAGUUCUAUAAAUAAAUAUUAAUAUACGAAAAUCAACCUUAUCCCCCUUUUAUGACAUCACAAUAUCUCUUUUAAUGAUCUGACUUUUAGAUUAGAACUUGACUAAACACUGGAGUCAAAAUCUCUAUAAUCAUGAAAUGUAAGCAAUUAUAUUUAAUAGCAAUAUCAUACUUAUAAACUAGUGUGAAGACGCACAUUAGACCUAUCAUAAAACUAAGGCAUUGUCGGAAUCGGUCGCAAAGAAACAUAAAUUCUUUAAUAAUAUAAAAUAAGGUAUAAAAUCCAGUGCGAUCGGUUCUGACAAUGUUCAACACAAGAGAGAUACGUAAUACUUAUUGUUAAUUAAUUAGGUGUUAUUCGUAACGAUUUUUGGUUGUUUAAUAAAUUUAUAACAAUAUUUAGGUGCUGUUAACUCCGUGUUUGAUAGUAAUAAAUCAGUGUUGCUUUUGUAGUUGCUAUAAAUAAUUGCCUGAGGCCUUGAGUGUAUCACCCAAAGAAUAAUAAAUUAUAGUUGAUGCUGCACUUAGUGACCAAAUUUCCAAAGUGAAACGUGACAUUCUUUUUGUUUCAAUUUGUCUAUGGUCUUAAAAAAAAAAAAGAAACUGUAUUCAAUAAUUGCCUAUCAGAGUAACUGAAGUAUUAUUAUAUUAAAAUUAUUAAAUUUUGUUUUGGUAUUUUUACUUGUACUUGUUAAUUCAGAAGUUGCUUUGUUACUCAAUGCUUAUGUUUAAUGAGAUUUAGUUUCUAUGUGCAACAGAAGCUUAUGUUAUUUAAUAAUAAUUUAGUUGUAAGCUAUAUUGCAAAUAUGUUGAAGUGUCUUUGGGUGUGUUCGUUUAUUAUUUUACAUUAUUUUGUAAAUAUUACGUAAUUUUUAUAUUUAUCAUUAUUAAUAUUUUGGGCCAACCACUGACAAAUAGGGGCAAAUAACCUUUGAUUCUCUAUGGAUCUUAAAAUUAUUGUUUUUUAAAAAAAGACAGUGAAAUAUUCAUCUCUAUGUUCAUAGAACUACUGAGAUGAAAUCUUACUUAUUCCAUCAUAGUGUUGUUCAGUGGCGUACCUCCUAUUUUAUAUGUUCAACAGAAAUGUUGGAUUUUUUUAGUCAUAGACUACACAUCACAUUUUUGUAAAUAAUAAACUUAUUAAAAAUAUGUCUACUAAAUUAUUUCUUUAUAGUGCUUAUAAUUAUAUAAUAAUUACUGAUAAUUUUAACUGUGACUGCAAGUUUUCUUACAUUUACAUGAGUCAUUAAAUAUUAGCAGUCUUUUAAGAGAGUGUUCUAUUAAUAUUUUUUUUAAGAAAUAUGGGCACGACUUUAAAUAUGAUCGGCUGGACCGAUUUGGAUAUUUUUUCAAUUUUUGUAAUAGCCAAUUAAGGUAAAAAAAAUAUUACUUGAAUAGAAAGGGAACAUCUGUCGAGUCAGCUACUUUAGUAUACAGUAAUUAUCAAAAUUACAGUGAUAUUUUUUAAUAAUGAUUAUAUAUUUUUUUACCUUAUGAUUUUUUUUUGUAGCUUAUCUUACGUUCUAACCUGUCAAAGGCUAUAUAUAUGGUUUAAGGUUGUUCACCUCUGAUAUUCUCAUGAUUGGCCCUGACUUUAUACAUUAAUUUAUUAGUUACUAGUCUUUGUAAAUAUUUUUUUUUUAAUAUAACGAACGGCAUAAUAUAUACUGAGCAAUAAAGAUAAUUUUGUCAAUUAAAAUGAAACAGUCUUGUAAUGGUGCUUAUCGAUAAUGUGCCUUUGCUAUGGCUUCCCACUCUUCAUGGGUACCAGUGACAUUUUUUACAUGAAGUAUCUAUAUGCAUAACCUCAGAUUACAAUAAUUAUAAUAUGCCAUAUAAAGAUUAUAGUAGCAUAUAGAGUGUUCUAUAUAUUAUAAUCCAUAAUAAUAAAUGCAAUCCAUAAUAAUAAAUAAACAUGCACACACACUUAUAGUAAAGUUGCAUCUACAUUGUAACUGCUGUACCCCUUGUAAUAUUUGAUUCUUUUUCUAGGCGUGGGGUGUAACGUGAUGUUCGUGAAAUGUAUUUUAACUACCUAUUUUUAUAAUUUUUUAAUAUAUCUAUAUUAACUAUAUUUUUUUUUAAAUAUCAAAGAUAAAUCUUUGUUAAUUUUUUAAGUAAAAUUUUUUCAAUACUUUGUCUUACAAUGUAGAUGUGAUGUAAAAAUAAGUCAUUGUUUAUGGUAUAUAACGAAAUUUAAACAGAGAUACUUAAAAAUAAGUACCAUAGAUAAAGAAUAUAUAUACAUAUAAAUGAGGACUAAAGUCGCCAUAGGGGCAUGAUAAUAAUAAAUAAUAUUCCUUAUUAUCCAUUUCAAAUUAUAAAUUCUUUAAAAUAAAUAACUAAUAAAUCUUUUAUUACAGCUGUAUUUAUUUACAUACAUAAUGUAUUCAAAUAAUCUAAAGCGAAUUUUAAUUGGUAAACCAGAAUUAUCGUUUAAAUAAUAUGAUUUUAGUACAUAAUGUUUUAAAAUAUUAUGUCACACUUACAAGUUGUGGAAUAUUAUACAUUAUAUACAUAUCUUAAUUAUUAUAUAAUCAUAUACUUAUUUUACAAAUUUUAUUAUUAAUAGUGCCAUAGAACUUUAUUUCUUGAUUGUAGAUAAUAAUAUCUUUUUACAUUUUUAUUUACGCUUAUAUUAUAAUUGUAUUAACAAUGAAUCCUUUUCUGAA